GUAAUUUCAUCUCUUUACAUGGUUCUUCCUUUCAAGUUCUUUCAAUUUUGGAGGACAACUAUAAACACUAUUUGGACCAAUUUUAAUCCAAAAUUUUUCUUCCUCUCCCCCCUUGAAAAAUCAAACCAAACAAGUGAAAUAUAAUAUUUCACAUUCCCUCCAAAAACCUCCAAACCAAACACUACCUUAAAGGAUCACCCAAUUAGCAGGUUAAAAUUGAAAUUUUGGAGCGCCCAUGGCACCGAAAUUUUGUAAGCGACUCAGAUCUCGGCUCCAAGCCUCCCGCAGUCCGCAACUCAAAAGUUAAAUCGUAGUAAAAUCUGACUCGCUUUGUCCACAUGUCAACUUGGUUUACUUUUCUCUCACCAAUGAUAUCCAUCCACGUGUCAUAUCUUCUCCAGCGUGCUUUUCGUGCACCGCCAUUUUCUGAAAAUCAGUGUUCGUACCUCGCAAUGACGAUGAAGUAUCUAAUUAUCCUUCCCAUUUUCCUCUGCUUGAUAAGCUCAAACUUGUUGAUUUGUUCUUCGAAACCAGAAGAGGACGACGAUAUCAAUUUCCUGCAGCAGCAGCAGGAGAAUGAAGCCGUACCGUCGCACGAUGCGCUUCAUUACGGCCACGACUACGAAAACUACGAUGAUCUGGAGGACGACGACUUGUCGGCCUACGCCGACGACGACGAGGACGGAGGCUAUGGUGCGCCUGAGGUGGACGAGAGCCACGUGGUAGUACUGAAGGGAUCCAACUUCAGUGAGUUCAUCGAGAGGAACAGGUUCGCGAUGGUGGAGUUCUACGCCCCGUGGUGCGGCCACUGCCAGGCUCUCGCGCCGGAAUACGCCGCGGCGGCGGAGGAGUUGAAGGAAGAGGCGGUGGCUCUUGCAAAGGUCGAUGCCUCUGAGGAGGAGGAGCUGAGCCAGAAGUUCGAUGUGCAGGGGUUUCCUACGAUUUACUUUUUCGUGGAAGGGGUUCAUAAACCCUACAGUGGUCAACGAACUAAAGAUGCUAUUGUUACAUGGUUGAAAAAAAAGAUAGGCCCAGGUUUAUUUAAUAUAACAACCAUUGAAGAAGCAGAGCAAAUCUUGGCCAAAGAGGACAAAGUUGUUCUGGGAUAUUUAGAGAGUUUGGUGGGUUCGGACAGCGAGGAACUUGCUGCUGCUUCAAAACAGGAAGAUGAUGUUACCUUUUACCAAACUACCAGUCCAGAUGUGGCAAAGCUUUUCCAAAUUGAUUCAAAUGUCAAACGACCAUCUUUGGUCAUUCUUAAAAAAGAAGCGGAAAAGUUUACUCAAUUCAGUGGUAAAUUUACAAAAUCUGCAAUUAGUGAAUUUGUGUUUGAAAAUAAGCUCACUCUUGUCACCAAUUUUACUCGGGAAAGUGCUCCAUUAGUGUUUGAGAAUCCAAUAAAGAAACAGCUGAUACUUUUUGCAACUUCCAGUGACUCAGAGAAAUUCUAUCCCAAUUUCCUGGAAGCGACAAAGGCAUUCCGCGGAAAGCUUAUAUGUGUUUAUGUGGAAUUGGACAAUGAAGAUGUUGGGAAAGAGGUUUCGGAGUACUUUGGAGUGAGUCGAGAAGCUCCAAGUGUUCUUGCAUAUACAGGUAAUGAUGACGCAAGAAAAUUUCUAUUAGAUGGUGAAUUGACAGUUAAUAAUAUCAAGUCUUUUGGUGAGAAGUUUUUGAGUGACAAUUUGAAGCCUUUCUACAAAUCUGACCCUAUCCCAGAGAAUAAUGAUGGGGAUGUCAAGAUUGUGGUUGGCAACAACUUUGAUGAAAUAGUUUUGGACGAGUCGAAAGAUGUUCUUCUUGAGAUAUAUGCUCCUUGGUGUGGGCAUUGCCAAGCCUUGGAGCCUAUAUAUAACAAGCUUGCCAAGCAUUUAAGAGGUAUUGAUUCCCUCGUUAUAGCUAAGAUGGAUGGCACUACAAAUGAACACCCACGAGCAAAGCCCGAUGGUUUUCCAACAAUUCUGUUCUUCCCAGCUGGGAACAAGAGUUUCGAUCCAAUCACUUUUGACAGUGAUCGAACUGUGGUUGCUUUCUACAAGUUCUUAAAGAAACAUGCAUCGAUUCCGUUUAAGCUCCAAAAGCCGGAAAAGAACACUGCUCCCAAAAUCACUAGUUCUAGCCAAGAAGACAGCACCAACUUCAAUGUUAAAGACGAAUUAUAAUCGACACUUCAUCUGAAUUUGGCCCGAUCAUGACAAAAAUGAUGUUCAAGAGUGACGAAUAGUAAGUGUACAAGGAGAGUACACUCUCGUCUAAUCAGGGCAUCAAUUUUUUUUUUUUUUUUGGCUAAAUUCGGGUACUUACUUGACUCACUUUAAAGGUGGCAGAGGAAAGUAGAAUAAUUUUUUGAUGUGAUUUUUGGUUGUGUUUGUGCUAAAUAUAUACAAAGUACUUUGGGAGCCAUUAUAUUUGCAUCAUACAAAAUAACAUGCACAUUCUGCUGUUAGGUGUGUAAUCAGCGUUUCAAAACUUGGGCGGGUGAUUGACCGUGGCCGGCCACUGAGUUUUCGGUCCAGCCAUCAAUAGUCACCAGUUGAAU